GGCGCUGCCGCGAGUUCCCCGCCGUGGCCCCGCCCGGGCGGCGGCUGCCUGCUGCGAGGGGCCCGCUCCGCAGCACCUGCCGCGGCCGGGCGGGGGCGCGCUGGCCUUCCGCCACGUGCCCGGGCGCGGGCCGGGGGUGGUCUACUGCCCCGGGUUCAUGUCGAGCAUGGUGGGCUCGAAGGCUCUGGCUCUCGAGGAGUGGUGCCGCGGGCAGGGCCGGCAGUUCACUCGCUUCGACUACGCCGGCUGCGGCCAGUCCUCAGGGGACUUCGCCGAGGGCACGCUGGGGAGCUGGGCCGACGACGCGCUGGCCGUGCUGGACACCGUGACGGAUGGCCCGCAGGUGGUGGUCGGGGCUUCCAUGGGCGGCUGGAUCAUGCUGCUGCUGGCGCUGCGCCGGCCCGAGCGCGUCGCUGGCCUCGUGGGCGUGGCAGCAGCUCCGGACUUCGUCCUGCGCUGGCAGCGGCUCCUGGACGACCACCAGCGCCAGGCCCUGGAGAAGAACGGCUGUUUCUGGCGCCCCAGCAGGUAUUCGGAGGAGCCAUACUUGGUGACCCGGCAGCUGCUGGAGGAAGGCCGAAGUCACUUGCUGCUGCAAGGGGACAAGCAGAUCGCCAUCACGUGCCCGCUCCGACUGCUGCACGGAAUGCGAGAUCCUGACGUACCUUGGCAGGCGUCGUUGGAACUCUGCUCGAGGAUCGCGCACGACGACGUGGAGGUGCGGCUGGUGAAGGCCGCGGACCACCGCAUGUCCCGGCCCGAGGACCUCCGAAUGUUGCUCGCGGUCGUGGAGGAGCUGUGCGCACGCGCUGGCGAGUGAGCCACGACGAGAUCUUCGAGUUGGACCAGCUGCUUUGGCACUUGCGCUCUCUACAGUGGAUGGCGGCCUCAGUGGAUGUCGGCCUCAGUAGACGUCGGUGGAGCCGCAGAUGCGCCGUGCAGCUUCGCGGGCGACGGCAGCAGCCUUGAGCGUCGGGGGAGCCGCCGAUGCGCCACGCAGCUCGGCUGGCCGGCGCAGUGCCCCUGCCGCCAGAGCCGGAGCUCUGAGGAGGCCCUCGGCCGAGGCCUCGUGCGAUGCCAGGCAGACGGCGGGGCGUUGGCGUCGCCACGCGGCGUCGGCCCGCCAGGCGACCGCGCCGCCCGCGUGGCCUGCUUGCCAGAAGUGCCACGGCGGCUGAGAUAUACUCCUGCUCUUGGUUCCGAUCCCCG